CAAAUAUUAUGGCCUACACUUAACGUUAGGGUUUUAGUGCGCUCGUUCCAAGUAGAAGAUAGUUGUGAGGGAGUGUCUCUUAGCUGCUUAGCUCUCAGCAACCAUGGGUAUCUCACGAGAUUCUAUGCACAAAAGACGUGCCACUGGUGGCAAGAAGAAAUCUUGGAGGAAGAAGCGAAAGUAUGAGCUUGGCCGUCAACCUGCGAAUACCAAGAUCUCAAGUAACAAGACAGUCAGACGAAUUCGUGUUCGUGGUGGUAAUGUGAAAUGGAGAGCACUGAGAUUGGAUACAGGAAACUAUUCAUGGGGCAGUGAAGCAACCACCCGCAAGACUCGUAUCCUUGAUGUGGUCUACAAUGCCUCGAACAAUGAACUUGUUCGCACACAAACUCUAGUUAAGGGCGCAAUCGUUCAGGUUGAUGCAGCACCUUUUAAACAGUGGUACCUCCAGCACUACGGUGUUGACAUUGGUAGGAAGAAGAAGGGGGCUGCUAAGAAAGAAACUGCUGAGGAGGGAGAAGGUGCUGCUGCUGCAGAGGAAACUAAGAAGAGCAACCAUGUAGCCCGAAAACUUGAGAAGCGCCAGAAGGAUCGCAAACUUGACGCUCACCUUGAAGAACAAUUUGGUGCUGGUAGACUCUUGGCCUGCAUCUCAUCUCGGCCCGGUCAGUGUGGCAGAGCUGAUGGGUAUAUCUUGGAAGGCAAAGAACUUGAGUUCUAUAUGAAGAAAUUACAGAAGAAGAAGGGCAAGGCUGGAGCUGGUGGAGCUGCUUAAUUGAAGCUCUUAGAUUUUUGAGACUAAUUUAUAUGUUUUUCCUUUUUACUCGUUAAUCAACUUGGUUUGUGAGGAUAUUUUUCUAUAUGCAGUAUUCUUUAAUCCUACCAUGAGUUGACGUUGAUGCCUGGACUUCA